UAUUUGCGUGUAAAACCAGAUGUUAUCUUUAAUGGUAACAUUAAAAAUAAUAUUAAUAAAAAAAUUCAAGCAACCUAAGCCGGUGGGCAGUGACCACCACCAGCCAGUUUUGCUUUGGAAGUUAUUUCCAAGCUUUAUUAGCAAGUCCAAUGUUACUGUCCUUUGUACGGAAGAUAACGACAUUUGGACCCAAGUACGGUACAGCCAGAGUCUUAGCAACCUCGUCUUCUCUGAGUUUAGAAUCUUACUGUCAAGUCAACGACAAUGAUAAAGUAUAUUCGAAGAACAGAGCAAUUGACAGUUUUUUCAAAACCGGGGACCUUGAUUCUGCUCUUGAAGUGUUCGAUGAAACGCCGCUCUAUGACGUUGUUUCGUAUAACUUGAUAAUUUCCGGGUACCGCCGUUAUGGCCUUCUGAAAGAGUCUUUUGGGUUUUAUACGGAAAUGGUUUCUCGUGGAAUUCGUGAAAGUGCGUCCACGUUUUCCUCUGUAUUGGGUGUAUGUACUGAUGCUGGGUUUUAUGCCGAAGGGGGUCAAGUUCAUUGUAGGGCUGUUUUGAUGGGUUUUGGCUUGAACUUGUUUGUGGGCAGCUCUCUUAUUAAUUUUUAUCUGCAAAUGGGACAAGAAAAUGUGGCUCUCGAGAUGUUUGAUGAAUUGCCUGAACGAAAUUUAGAGACUUGGAAUUUGGUUCUACGCGGGUUAUGUGAAGUGGGUCGAGUGGAGAAGAUGUUGGGAUUGUACUUUAGGAUGAAGUGGGCUGGUGUUCAGUGCAAUGGGCUUACUUUCUCUUAUUUGAUUCGUGGUUGUUGUAAUGGAGGGUCAUUCGUGGAUGAAGGAAAGCAGCUACAUUGUCAUGCUAUUAAGCUUGGCUGGGUGGAGUUGAAUGUGUUUGUGGCCAACGCCUUGGUGGAUUUAUACUCUGAUUGGGAGAACUUGAUUGAUGCAAGAAAAGCAUUUGAAGAUAUACCGUUAAAGGAUGUGAUUUCAUGGAACUCAAUGGUGUGGGUCUAUGCCAAUAAUGGAUUACUUCUUGAUUCUAUUAAAGUAUUUUCUGGGAUGCAGUUUUGGGGGAAUAGACCAUCGAUCCGUUCACUCGUGGGACUACUGAAUUCAGCUAGUGGAACCAAGAAUAUUGGAUUUGGGAAGCAGAUUCAUUCUUAUGCAAUGAAAUUGGGAUUUGACAGUAGAAGUGCUCAUAUCCAAUCUGCUUUGAUAAAUAUGUAUGGCAAAUGCGGUGACAUAGAGAGAUCGGUUGCCAUAUAUGAAAAUGUUAAAGAAAGAACUCUCGAGUGCUGUAACUCGUUAAUGACAUCUUUGAUGCAUUGUGGCUGUACUGGAGAUGUGGUUGAAAUGUUUGGUUUGAUGGUUGAUGAGGGAAUUGGAACUGACGAAGUGACUCUCUCCACAACCCUGAAAGCAUUAUCAGUCUCUGUUUUGACAAGCUUAGCAAGUUUCAAGAUGGUGCACUGUUGUGCAGUAAAAUUAGGACUUGAAUCUGAUCUCGCAGUUUCCUGCUCUCUGAUUGAUGCAUAUUCAAAAUGCGGUCAUAUCAAUUACUCUCGAAUGGUAUUUGAACAACUUCAAACACCAAGCACCAUAUGUUUUACAUCAAUCAUCAAUGGAUACGCCCAGAAUGGAAUGGGAAGUGAAGGUCUUAAUUUAUUCCAAGCAAUGAUCCAUAAGGGUCUGAAACCUGAUAAAGUGACAUUUUUGUGUGCAUUAGCAGGGUGCAACCAUUCUGGGUUGGUGAAAGAAGGAAAAAUGCUGUUUGAUUCAAUGAAAACUUCAUAUGGAAUUUGCCCUGAUCGGCAGCAUUAUUCAUGUAUGGUUGAUCUUUUAGGCCGCGCAGGCUUGCUAGAUGAAGCUGAGGAGCUGUUAAUUAAGGCACAGGGAAACGAAAACUCAAUGAUGUGGAGCUCGUUCUUACGAAGUUGCAGGGUACAUAAGAAUGAAAAAAUGGGAAGACGAGCAGCCAAAGUCUUGAUGGAGCUUGAACCAGAGAAUCCUGCAAUUUGUUUGCAAGUUUCGAACUUUUACUCUGAAGUUGGGGAGUUUUCAACUUCAAUGGAAAUUAGAGAGCUGGCAAUGGCAAGGAAGGUUACAAGAGAGAUUGGUCACAGUUUAAUUGAGACCAGAAAUCCUAGUUCGAAGUUACAAUCUUGAACAUACUGAUAUUUGUUGCAGGAAACAUGCUGCACGACAACAUUGCCAUGUUUGAUGAGCUAGAAAGCAUGGACAUAGAAGAUGACACUGA